ACCCUGCAUGGCCAGCACUCCCAACCCCAGCCCUGGAGCCAGGCACACAAAAAUGUCCAAAAGCUGCAAGUGAAAACAGGGAAGUUUGUAAUCCACAAGGACAUGUGGGGGAGGGUGCCUGGCUGAGCUGCAGGGGAAAGAUUUCCCCACUUGCCUUUUGGGGAGGGCUUUUGCCACCACAGGAGGUGCCCAAUGUCACUGGCCACUGUCCUCCCUGUCCCUGAGGGGAUAUUGAAAUAGCAGCAUCCUCCUGGGCUGUCCCACAUCUUGUGAUCCCAUCAAAAUAAUCAGUGUGGGAGACUCCACAGAGCUCAGCAGCACUCGGUGCACAAGGAGACAAACCGAGGGGAAGGCAGGGGGGUAAAUUUUAAUUCCCAGGGCAGUGUUCUGUAAUGGCAGGGAGGACAGUGCCAGGAGGACAGUGCCAGGACAGUGCUGGGGCCAUCACAGUGGUGGCAGUGGCAAGCAGCCCAUGCCUGAUGCUUUUCCCACAUGUCCUCAGGACUCUGCUGCCCGCACAAACAGGAAUUCUAUUUUUGCAGCUUGACCUUCCUGAUUCUGGAGAUAACAACCUGACUGCAAACGCAGCAUUGCUCACUUUUCCUCUGAGAUUUGAUACAGUCCACUAGCCCAGGCUCUUCUAAAACAUGGAUAUAGUAAAGUAAACCUCUGCAUUUGUCCUAGGAAAACAGGCACAGUUCUUGGUGCCAGACAGUUUGAGAUAUAUUGAUGAAACUAAGCAUGGUUACCUCCUAACUAUUUAAUUCAAGACAUUCAAGACAUCCUUCAUCCUUUCAUGAUCUGAAGGAGAAAACCACAGAGGCAUGGGAUCUGUUGGGGCAGGAUGGGGCGGGAGGAGUGGAAGGAAUUGUGGAGAGGCUCCCACCACCUUCCAGCCCCGCCCAGUGUGCAGCCCUGCAGGGCUGAGUGCUGAAGACACAAUAUCGAAGGCUUGAACCACACUCAAGCACCCACAAAAUCAUAGAACCAAGGAAUCGUUUGGUUCCAACCCCCUGCCAUGGGCAGGGACACCUUCCAUUAUCCCAGGUUGCUCCAAGCCCUCUCCAGCCUGGCCUUGAACACCUCCAGGCAUGAGGCAGCCACAGCUUUUCUGGGCAACCUCUGCCAGGGCCUCCCCAACCUCACCAAGAACUUCUUCCCAAUAUCCAAUCUAACCCUGCCCUCUGUCAGUGCCCUUUGUCCUGUCACUCCAUGCCACACCGAGAGUUCCCCGGGCAAAAAAUCAAAAUCAAGUCAAGAAUACAAAAUACCUACCUAACUGUUGAAGGGCCCCCUACAAAGUGCUUGAGCUGUGCCUGAGUAAGGGAAGGGAUCAGAGACUCUGCCAAAGUAAAUGCAAAAGCUCUCCUGGGCAGGCAAGACACAGAAAUUUUGCAGAGUGAUUUCGUUUGAAAAAUAACAGCUCACCCUGUUUCAGCAGCCUCACUGGCACCAUGGCUGGAGCGAGUCUGCCCACUGAUAAAGGGGCAGAGCAGGGAGCAGAUUAGGUGCCAGGAGGUGAAAUCAUCCCACUCUCUGUACUAGAAGGAGCCCAGGGACCUUCCUGCAUCCUGGGAUCUGACAGCAAAAGCCAGGUUUUGCUUUCCAAGAGGCCACUGACUCAGAAAACUGGAGUAAGGCAGCAUUACUGAGGAUUUGCUGCCUUCUUACCACCUUGAUAAGGCUGCUGUUUUGGGGUACUGUAGGGAGAUGGUUUAGUGGAAAAAGGGACCUUUUAUCUGUCCUGUCCAACCCCACUGGGAUCCUGAGGAAGCAGCUGCCAGGGAAGACAACAGCAGUGGAGAGAUAGACAUGCUUCCAUGGAAAAGGGAGUCACCAAUUCCAGUGGGUGAUUUAACCACGCUGGUCACCGCUGGUUAUCUUGGGGAAGGAAAAGAAAUACAAUUCCUUGUGGAAUAUCACUUUAAUGGUAUUAGCUUGGGUAGACUGAGGGUGAGGGGGAACAUGAGGGAAAUAGAGGUGGCAGCUGGUUAUCAGGCAGGGUUGGUUUGAAUGGGGAUAAGAAAAAAAAUAAAGGAAGAGCCUUGGGAGAAAAGAAAAGCAUGAAAUAAAGCACCACAAAUGUAUCAGACAGGAUCAUUAGGAAUUUGUGUAAAAAAUACUAAAGAGACCAAACACCACCUGAACACCUGUCAGGAAAAGCCACCCACCCAGUAGCUGUGAAAAGCUGACGGAAUGAAAACAUAGCGAGUUUUUCCAAAAGGGAUUCACGACUUUUGGGGCCUCUGGCCUCGCUCAUUCCUUCCCAGAACGUGUUACCCACCUACUCACAGAAGAAGUGCAAUGUGGUAAAAUCAUGCAAAAAGUCCUCCCUGAGAAAUUCUUGAGUGCCUCCCAAAUUUGGCCUCACAGGCACAGAAACGGCAGAAAUUAACCAAAUCCUGUGACAGCUUGUCAUGGCUGGGGAAACACGGAGAGCAGAGUCACAGCUCAAGACUUAGUGCUGAAAAGGACCAGCAGCACCUUGGGGGUGACUCAAAUAGGAAAACAGACCCUGCAUCAAACUGGCCAAGGGCAUUUUUUAAAUGCUGGAAAUGGCCCUGGGGAGACCUUAGAGGCCCUUCCAGUGCCUAAAGGGGCUCCAAGAGAGAUGGAGAGAGAUUUUGGACAAUGGUAUGGAGUGACAAGGGAAUGGUUCACACUGGCAGAGGGCAGGUUUAGAUGGGAUAUUGAAAAGCAGCUCUUCCCUGUGAGGGUGGUGAGGCCCUGGCACAGGGUGCCCAGAGAAGCUGUGGCUGCCCCAUCCCUGGAAGUGUUCAAGGAUGUGUUCAGCCAUGGACAGCUGGGGGCUUUCACAAAACCCUGGAGAGCCAGAGAGGGACACAGGGCUUGGGGGACACACAGAGGGGCACACAGCCUAAGGGGAACAUGCAGGGUACACAGAGGAGGCAACGGGGGAUGCAGAACCUGGGAAAAGGAUACAGGGGACAUGGGGGGCACAGAGGAAUGAGGAGGCGGAACAGGGGACAUACAGAGGAUACACAGAGAGGACACAGAAGGCAUGCAGGACCUGGAAAAAGGACAUGCAGAAGAGUUGUCAUGCACGACCCCAGAUGGGGACAUGAGGGACACACAGGAGGCACAGUCGGGAGACACGCAUGGUGCACACAGCCCGGGGGGGAACAGACAGGGGACACGGGGGGCAUGCAGAACCCUGGAGGGGGACACGCAGGGGACACGGGGAGCAUGUAGGAUGCCAAAGCGAGACACGCAGGGUACACGGUGCGGGGCACAGGGGACACACACAGAGGACACGGGGGGCAGCGGGAACCAGGAGGAGGACACGGAGGGCACGGGUCGGGGGCAGCCGGGAGACACACGGGAGAGACACGGGGGAUACGGGGGACACAAGGGGACACAGAGGGGACACCGGGGGGAUUCCCCCUCAGGACCCCGCGCGCGGGGACCCCCGGCAGCGCGCGCCGCGCCCCCUCCCACCCCCGCCCGGCGGCGGCGCAGGCGCACAGCGCCCGCCCGGUCCCUAUUUCACGGGGAGCGCGGGCCGCGGCGCCCGCGCCAAAUAAGUCUCGGUAGCCGGUGCGGGCCGUGCGCCUGCGCGGGGCCCGAAAGCCGCGCGGCGGAGCCCCGCUCCCCCCGGCCCCGCUGCCGCCCUGCCCGCGCCCACCGCCGCCCGGCCCCAGCGCCCGCCGCCGCAGCCCGAGCGGGGCUCGCGGGACCCCGGCCCGAGCAGCUGGUGACUGACGGCCCUCCCGCGAUGGCCACGCCGGACGUCAGUGUCCACAUGGAGGAGGUGGUGGUGGUGACCACGCCAGACGGCACCGUGGACAGCAGUGGCAUGGAGGAGGUGAAGACAGUGCUGGUCACCACCAACCUGUCCCAGCACGGUGGUGACAUCAACGAAGACACUCUGGAGACUGAAAAUGCAGCUGCUGCAGCUGCUGCUGCCUUCACAGCCUCCACAGACCUGAAGGAAGCGGUUCUAGAAGUGAAGAUGGCUGAAGAUGAGGACAGUUUGGAGGCAGAGAUUGUCUACCCCAUCACCUGCGGGGACAGCAAAGCCAACCUCAUCUGGAGGAAGUUUGUGUGCCCCGGGAUCAACGUGAAAUGUGUGCAGUUUCAUGAUCACCUAAUCAGCCCCAAGGAGUUUGUCCACCUGGCAGGCAAGUCGACCUUGAAGGACUGGAAGCGAGCGAUCCGGAUGAACGGGAUCAUGCUGCGGAAGAUUAUGGACUCAGGAGAGCUGGACUUCUACCAGCACACAAAGGUCUGUUCCAACACCUGCCGGAGCACCAAAAUCGACCUGACUGGAGCCAGGGUGUCCCUGACCAGCCAGACAUCGACAGAGUACAUCCCUCUGACUCCCGCCUCUGCCGAUGUGAACGGAUCCCCGGCUACAAUAACCAUAGAAACAUGCGAGGAUGCCAGCGAUUGGAGCACCAGCAUUGGAGAUGACACCUUUGCUUUUUGGCAAGGUCUGAAGGACAGUGGUCUCCUGGAAGAAGUGAUCCAUGAGUUUCACCAGGAGCUGGUGGAGACCAUGAAGGGCUUGCAGCAGCGAGCACAGGAUCCCCCGCUGCAGCUCGGGGAUGCUGUUUUACUAAACAACGUAGUCCAGAACUUUGGGAUGCUGGAUCUGGUCAAGAAGGUCUUGGCCAGCCACAAGUGCCAGAUGGAUCGCUCGAGGGAGCAGUACACACGGGAUUUGGCAGCUCUGGAGCAGCAGUGUGAUGAGCACCGCAAGCGAGCGAAGGAGCUGAAGCACAAAUCACAGCAUCUCAACAAUGUCCUGAUGACCCUCACACCCGUCUCCGUUCCCACGCCUCUGAAACGCCCCAGGCUCACCAGGGCCACCUCCGGACCAGCUGCCAUCACCUCCCAAGUCCUGUCCCAGCCAGCGCAGCUCGCUGUCACCCCCGGCGUGCCGGUGUCCCAGGUUGCCAACCUCCCUCUUGGCAAAGUGGUCUCGGCCCUCCCUCCGUCGGUGCUGGGGAAGAGCCCAGCGCAGCCCCCCGCCGCCAGCUCCCCGGCCUCCCCUCUGCUGGGGGGGUACACGGUGCUGGCCUCUGCCGGCUCCACCUUCCCCGGCACGGUGGAGAUCCACCCGGACGCUUCCAACCUGACGGUGCUGAGCACGGCUGCGGUCCAGGACGGCAGCACAGUGGUGAAGGUGAUGAGCCCCUUCCAGCUCCUGACGCUCCCAGGACUUGGCACGACCAUCCAGAAUGUGACACAAAUAGCUCCCGGUGGGAGCACGGUUGUGACUGUCCCGUCCGGUGCCACCGAGGCUGCCGGGGAUGAGCACGCUGCCGCCGCCAUCGAGGUGACUGCAGUGGCUGAUGAGGCGGAGCAGAAGUGAGAGGGGGGACUUGCCUGGAGGGACGCUGGCCGUGCCACUCUGGGGGGAACUGCCUCUUCUCUGGCUGUGCUGUGGGAUGAGGAGCAGUGGCAUGAGGGGCACGGGCUAACAAGACCCAGAGCAGCUCGUGCUGGGAGCAAGGAGGUUCAGGUCAGAGGGAAGGAGGGGGGAGGAAGGAUGCCCAGAGAAGGGAAAGGCAGAAAUGCUAUGCCUUGUCUGGAGGAGGGAAGAAAAAAAGAGCUUAUUUUUUAUAAAGCUUUCCUCCCCUGUUCUCUUGGAAUAGUUUUCCUGCUCUGGGUCAUCAGCCCAGCCUUCUUGGCAGGCAUAGCUGGAGCAGGGAGAAGGCGGCAGCAAAAAGAAGCUGCCGAGGGGUCUGGUGUGCAGGGAGCUGGCUGCUCCCCUUCCCUAUGGGCUGCAGGCGUGGAGAGGGAUGCCAAGAGCAGGAAUUCCGUGGAUGUGUACAAUCAUUGACACCAGGAAGGGCUCUGGCAGCAUGGGUGCAGGCCCUGGGACGCUGAGUUUUGCGUGUGACACUGGCUUUGGGUGGCAGAAACAGGUGGGAACUGCUGCAACAGUGGGCAUGGGCGUUGCCCAGGUCUGCUGGGGAGGGAGCAGGGAGAGAGGAACCCAGAGGGCUGAGAGCUAUGACUUCUGAGGAUUUAGGGUCUUUUUCUAGUUUUCUCAAAAA